UUGCAUUUUGUCUUGUUCAGGUCGAUCGGUGGAGGAGGUGGUCUGGAAAAUGGCUGACGGAGUUGAUCACAUCGACAUCUACGCCGAUGUUGAAGAGGAUUUCAACCAGGAAUCAGACUACCCUGCCCAUGACCAGAUAGACUUGUAUGACGAUGUUAUCUCUCCUUCGGCCAAUAAUAACGGAGACGCACCUGAGGACCGGGACUACCUGGACAACCUACCCCCACCUGCUGGCUCCGAGGGGAACAAGAGCACCCCGCCCAACGUGGUUUACACGUACACUGGCAAGCGGAUCGCCCUGUACAUAGGCAAUCUCACAUGGUGGACAACAGACGAAGAUUUGACAGACGCCAUUGGAUCGAUAGGCAUUAAGGAUCUGCUGGAGAUCAAGUUCUUUGAGAACAGAGCCAACGGCCAGAGUAAAGGGUUUGCCCUGGUGUGUGUGGGCUCAGACACGUCCUCUAGGAAGCUACUGGACCUGCUGGCUAAACGGGAGCUCCACGGACAGAACCCCAUUGUUACCCCCUGCAACAAACAGUCCCUCAGCCAGUUCGAGAUGCAGUCUCGGAAAAGCCCAGGUACAUCGGGUGGGCAGAUGUCCGGAGAUGGGAAGGCGGGACCCCCCACCAUGGGCCCCCGUGGUGGCUUCCCCAUGGGCAUGGGUAGGGGCCGAGGCCGCUUCCCCGGGCCUCCUGGCCCUGGAGGAGACCGCUUCCCUGGGCCCAUCGGCCCCGGAGGGCCCCCGCCACACUUCCCAGGGUCGGGGAUGAGGCCACCUGAACUCAUUAACCAUAGACACCAAGAAGGCCACCUGAUGGAUAUGAAUUUCAAUUGCUUCCCGCCGGGACGUGAUGGGAAUUGGCGACCCAGAGGUGGUAUGCAGGGCCCACCUCGACCCCCUCCUGGCCCACUAGGUCCCCCUGGACCCCUAGGCCCCCCUCCCCCAGGACAGGGCCUCCCCCCUCCCAUGCAAGGCCCCCCCAACCGUGGCGACCGCCCCCCACCCCCGGUCAUGUUCCCCGGCCAGUUCGGCCAGCCCCCCAUGGGUCCUCUCCCCCCUGGCCCUCCCCCACACGGCUUCGGCCCUCCUCCUGGCCCCCCACCCCCCCAACAGGGCCCUCCACCACCGGGUCAUUUCCCUCCUCGCCCCCCCGGGCCCCUUGGACCACCUCUGGCCCUCGCUCCCCCACCACACAUGACCGGGCCCCGACCUGGAGGCCCCCCACCGGCUCCCCAUGUCAACCCAGCGUUCUUCCCUCCUCCUGGGGGUCCUAACAACAUGGGGGGCCCUCCUGGAGGAGACGGCAGGGGCCCCAACGGGCCCAACGACCCCUAUGGACGGCCACCUCCGUAUGACCGGGGAGACUUUGGCCCCGCCGGCAGGGAAAUGGAGUCGGCGCGGACACCGCUGAGCGAGGCAGAGUUUGAGGAGAUCAUGAACCGGAACCGAGCCAUCUCCAGUAGUGCCAUCUCUAGGGCGGUGUCAGAUGCUAGCGCUGCUGACUAUGGCAGUGCCAUAGAGACUCUGGUGACAGCCAUCUCUCUGAUCAAGCAGUCCAAGGUGUCUGCUGACGACCGCUGCAAGGUUCUCAUCAGCUCUCUACAGGACUGUCUCCACGGCAUCGAGAACAAGUCCUACGGCUCCGCCUCCAGUUCUGCCCCUAAAAGACGCGAGAGGUCGAGGGAGCGUGACCACAGCCGGUCCCGGGAGAAGAGCCGGCGCCACAAGUCCCGUAGCCGCGACCGCCACGAGGACUACUACCGCGAACGCAGCCGGGAGAGAGAACGGCACCGCGGGGACAGAGAACGAGAACGUGAAAGAGACCGUGAGAGGGAGUACCGACAUCGUUAGCGGAGCCUACGGAAGAGGACAGGGACGAGGACGCCUCUUCACAACCAGCAGGCCCUACAUCAGGAUCGCCUUGUCAACUAGUCCCCCCCCCCUCUGUCUGUGUCUCCAUGGUUACCAGGGGACUGACUACCUGGGAAUCGCUCCCAGCUGUGUAAGGCUAUAAGUAGUGUUCUUUUAAAAUCAUUCUCGUGGUAUAAAAAACCUACUCAACAGCUAUUUUUAUUUUACUGAAAUUUUAUUUGAUGUGAACGAAAAAAUGAUUACCUACCUGUGUUGACAGGCUUCUUUCAAGCUUUGCGAAAAUAACAAAUGACUACAUUUGCCUGCUCUAUUCCAAAACGGACAGCUUUUGACUGCUAUAAUGUGUACAUUUUGUCAGGUUAAGAGCUGAUUUUUUUUUUUACAGGGAGGUUUUUUUUGUUGUUUUUUCGUCUUCAUUCCUCUUGUGCCCCUCCCUACUUUUCUCGUUAGGAUAAUGUUUGUAAAUGUCUCUGCUUUGAAUAUUAAAAUAGAUUCUGUGUUGUAAUAAACUGUUUACUGGGGUUUUGACACUUGA